CCGCGGGCCCGCGCCCACCUCGCUCCCGACACUGCCCAGGCACCCAGCCUUGCUGGCGCUAGGAGGGGAAGGUUCAUCCAUGAGCUCGGAUUUCCCACAUUACAACUUCAGGAUGCCCAACAUUGGAUUCCAGAAUCUGCCUCUCAACAUAUAUAUUGUGGUUUUUGGCACUGCUAUAUUUGUCUUCAUCCUGAGCUUACUCUUCUGUUGCUACUUGAUUAGGCUAAGACAUCAAGCACACAAAGAAUUUUAUGCCUACAAACAGGUUAUAUUAAAAGAAAAAGUAAAAGAACUAAAUUUGCAUGAGCUCUGUGCAGUGUGUCUCGAAGACUUCAAGCCUCGAGAUGAGCUGGGGAUUUGUCCGUGUAAGCACGCCUUCCACAGAAAGUGCCUUAUUAAGUGGCUGGAGGUGCGGAAAGUGUGUCCGCUGUGCAACAUGCCUGUUCUGCAGCUGGCCCAGCUGCACAGUAAGCAGGUCCGUGGACCCCCUCAGGGGCCCCUCCCUGGGGCAGAGAACAUUGUAUAGCUCACCACCAGGAUCAGACUGUUACAGGAGACACCGUCUGCGUGGAGCCAGGAGAAACGCCAGUGGGCUCUGGGGUGGCUGCUCUACCUGAGGCACCAGCUGCCACUUCCUCUGCCUCAUGAAGAACUCUUGGGUCAACCAAGCUGGAAAGCCACACGUCUGGUCUUGUGACAACCAAAGCACUGACACUACAACACUACCCCGUGCCAGAAGAGGAGUGGACGUGGCUGUGGGCUGGGUUCAGGAAGCUCCUGAGGGUAUCUACCACCUUCAUCACACUGUCUCCCAGACCCCUGGCCCACUGAACCUUUACCGAGCAGAAGGGAUGGUAAACAAGUGUGAGGGAAGGGAGCUGAGGGCAGGUCUUGGGGACACACAGCUGAACUUCUAUCGAGGCCAUGCAUGUCUUCGCAGCAGCACCCCCCAGCAGUCCCUGCGCCACACACCAGCAGUACCUCACCCAAAGUAGGCCCGCACACCCAUGGUUGGUGGGGCAGUGCCAAUGAUGCUUUACACGUAGUUCCUUCACUAGGGCCAUUUUGCAAGGACUGUGACUCAGUCCCUUCCCGUCAGGUUCGCAACACCUACUUUCAGUUCAUGAGCUGAGAGCAUUUGAUGCUGAAAAGCCGUUUCCACCUGUCAUUCCCAAGCCUCCACUCACUGUUGAGUCACCCUGCUCAAUCCACCGUUCAGGAGCCUCAGUGGAAGGUGGGGGCCAGCACUGUCCCUGUGUGACCCAGCGGGAGCCAGAGUGCCGGUUCCAGGGAGCUGCUGCCCUUGGUCCCUGCCCUGGAAGCCCACUGAGAAGGGUGUAAUCUUUCUGAAACAAGGCUGCGGGUACCGACAACCCCCCCCUCCAUCCUUUACUCUGGUUUCCCCAAAAGCACGGGCCUUUUUCCUGUCCUGUCUUGCCCUUUUUCUGUACUUUCUGAAAAAUACCUGUCACUGACUUAAAAAAUAUUUUUGAAAGCAUCCGAAAUCAGAUCCCACCAUAAUUCUAAAAUCCACUUGAAACUGUAAAUACUUUCAGGAAGCUCCUGCCAGGCUGUUCACCAUCUAGUGGUACCCAGUCAGUAUUUGGACUUUUGAUAACUAAUUUAAGUGUCUUUAUAGGAGAGAUGCAUGCUGCUUUUUGGCUCUUACUGCCCAAUUUUUCUAGACGUGACUCAGAGUCCCUUAGGAUUCAUGAACUUUAUGUAACUUAGCUGUGUAAAGUGGCAGUGGGUCAGCUAGGAAGUUCCUGUCCACAGCCCUGCUCUCUCCAUCCUGCCCUGCUGCAAGAGCGCCUGCCUCAACCCCUGGUCAACUGCUUCCGGGCCCUGCUCCACCUCACAGGUGGGAAAGGGGACGCCUUGGUCUUGGGAUGUGGGAGAGGGAGGGAGCUUUGCUUUGUCUCUCCAGCAGUUUUAUAUUUUUUUGGAAUUCAACCUCUGCCAUCUUGGAGAGGGAACUUGACCAUGGUUCAGGUGGCUGAGGUCAGAGGAGGAGGAAAAUCCCCAUUGGCCUAGGAGCAUGCUGGGCAGCCUGGAAAGUUACAGCUCCAGUUGGUCAGAGAGUUGGCGGUUUGCUCUGUGAGCUGUGCAUGGUAUGCUGGUUAGACCGCCUCCUAAGCAGGGCAGUGUGGAACCCUUUCAUAUGAAAGCCUUAGCCUGUUUGGCACCCAUGAAAAGAACUCUUUGUAUUCCCCUCCUUUCCCCGUCUCUGUGUUGUCUGUCUGUAGUACAAUAGAGUUGAAUGCUGCGAAACACUCCA